ACGAAACUUACUGAUGAUAAAAUAUGUAAACAACUUGCGUUGCACAUUAUUUCUAGAAUUAUUUUUCGUGUGUUAGCUGUAUUAUUACGUAAUAAUCUUAUAAAUAAGAACCACUCAAUUAAGAAAGUAUACGUCUGAAAAUCAUAGUUGCUGAAGUAAAGAUGAAUUUCGCUGGAAAAGUAGUAAUUGUAACCGGCGCGAGUUCCGGUAUUGGGGCGGCGACUGCGGUCUAUCUAUCCAAACUUGGUGCCAAGUUAUCUCUGAUCGGAAGAAACGCUGAUAAUCUUCAGAAAGUGAGCAAAGACUGCGAGAAAUCUGCACCAACUUUCACGGUACAAGCUGAUUUGACUAAAGAGAGCGACAUCGAAAAGAUCGUGAAGAACACCAUCGACCACUACGGUCAGUUGGAUGUGCUGGUGAAUAACGCUGGGAUCAUAGAGACAGGUACUAUCGAGAACACUUCGUUAGCUCAAUACGACCGGCUGAUGAACACUAAUGUUCGUUCAAUUUACUAUUUGAGCAUGUUGGCUGUCCCACAUCUGAUCAAAACCAAGGGCAACAUCGUGAACGUAUCGAGCGUGAAUGGAAUUCGGUCUUUUCCGGGAGUGCUCGCGUAUAACGUGUCCAAGGCGUCUGUGGACCAGUUCACCAGGUGUGUGGCCUUAGAACUGGCAUCUAAAGGGGUGAGGGUGAACUGUGUAAAUCCAGGCGUGAUCUUGACUGAGUUGCAAAAACGCGGCGGCCUGUCCGAAGAACAGUACAAAGCAUUCUUGGAGAGAAGCAAGGAGACUCAUGCCUUGGGACGUCCUGGCAAGCCAGAGGAGGUAGCUGCUACGAUUGCUUUCCUUGCCAGUGAGCUGGCAAGUAACAUCACCGGUGCAAGUCUGCCUGUUGACGGUGGCCGUCAUGCUAUGUGCCCACGCUAAAUAAUAUGCCAUUGUAUUCAAUAUUUUAAAGUGCCUUAACAAUAUUUUAAUGUAUAGUGUUUAAGUGCAAUAUUUUAUUGUUUAUAUCAUGAAUGUUGUUAUUAUUGCAUUUAUAAAAGUGUUCAUAUUUUGUUAAUAAAUUGUUUUAUUAUUAAAAUAGUUUCAUCAUUUCAGCCAAAUGCCUCCACAAGGAUUAUUUUAAUAAUUGUUGCAAUAUUGUGUGUAAUGGGAAAAGAAUCAUCAUUUAUUUUUGAAUAUUUAGUUUUAUGUGUGUAACAACUAUAAAACCAAAAUAUGAUCAAAAUAGAUAAAGGAAGACAAUUUCAUAUUUGUUGAUUGGUCCAAUAAUCUGACUUGCAAGAUAACUUCAUAUCCUGUACAUUAUUAUUCUGUGUUUAUUAAAUUAAAUUUUUAAAUUCACAUGUUAUAAUAAAAAAUAGAGUAGGUACUUAUUUUUUUAUUAAAUUAAUAUUUCUAAAUUCAGUCCUUAUCCUAAUUCUUAACAAUAAUUAUCACAUUUAUCUAAAACAAAUUCUAAGGCCUGCUAACAAAUCAUCAAAGCCUAUGUCUAAAAUCUUGUUUCCAUUAUCUAAAAGAAUAGGAUAACAAGCUGAAAUUCCUAUUAAGAUUUUCCAACAUGAAUUUUAUCUUGCUGUGUAACCACUUUUAUUGAUGAGAGAAACAAGGGAGUUUAAAAAUAAUAGUUUCAUGAUUAAAAUUAUGAUUUCAACACCAAAAGACAUAGUAAACUUGACUUGCACAGAGUUAUUUGGGACAGUUGCUUAAUAUUACUCUUAAAUUAUAAACUGGCUUGAGAUACUGGAAUUGUUAAUUGUACUUAUAAAUUAAGUGCUUUAAUCGAAACAAAACUGUCA